GAUCAGAUAUUUUCAGGAGCCGGUGUCAGACUGAGGCACUAGGUUGAACCCUGCCUUAUCUCUUUAUAUCGCGCAUUUUUACUCAACUGUUUACAAAACAUUGCAGGGGAACUGCCGUAGCUCGCGUUAGGUUUUCAUCCUUUUGCCGGGACUACGUUUUUGGCUAUAUUUUCCUGGACCACAGGGACUGUUUUUUUUGUCUGCUAUUCGGAUGAAAGGAUCCCUACCGCAUUUUUGUUCCUGCAACGUGGACUCGGAGCUCAGCACGGGAGAGACGUACUGUCGGAAUAAAACUACUCCUUUCAACAAAACAAAAACGAAGACGGAGGGCACACGUCGUUGACCUGCGGUGGAUAUUAAAGGAAUGCUGCUGUCCAAGCUCAAUUCUCUGGCCCACAUCUCCACCGUAGACAUGCCGGCGAAAAUCCAGCUCCAGGUUCAUCAAGUGAAAGAGAGGGAGCCUUUCGAGAAGCUUUAUCAGGUCGGCGCCGUGCUGGGCAGCGGCGGCUUCGGAACCGUCUACUCCGGAACGAAGAUAGCCGACGGAGCUCCGGUCGCUGUCAAACAUGUAGCCAAGGACAGAAUCUCGGAGUGGGGAGAGCUGCCUAACGGCUCCCGGGUCCCAAUGGAGAUCGUUCUGCUGAAAAAGGUCGGGACGGGCUUCCGCGGCGUUAUCAAGAUGCUGGACUGGUUCGAGCGACCGGACAGUUUCAUCAUCGUAAUGGAGAGACCCGAGAACGUCAAGGACUUGUUCGACUUCAUCACCGAGAAAGGUGCCUUACCGGAGGACCUGGCGCGGAGCUUUUUCCGCCAGGUGCUGGAGGCCGUGCGGCACUGCCAGAACUGCGGCGUAGUGCACCGGGACAUCAAAGACGAGAACAUUCUCAUCGACCUCCGCACCGGGGAGAUGAAGCUCAUCGAUUUCGGUUCCGGAGCCCUGCUGAAGGACACCAUUUACACGGACUUUGAUGGCACAAGAGUGUACAGUCCUCCAGAGUGGAUCAAGUACCAUCGCUACCACGGGCGCUCUGCCACAGUUUGGUCCCUGGGUAUUCUGCUGUAUGACAUGGUGUGCGGGGACAUCCCAUUUGAACAUGAUGAGGAGAUCAUGAGGGGGCAGGUCUUCUUCCGGAGAAGAAUCUCAUCAGAAUGCCAGCAGCUAAUCAAAUGGUGUCUGUCUCUGCGGCCAGCCGACCGCCCGUCCUUCGAGGACAUCUUCAACCACUCGUGGAUGCAGAGCAUGUCCUCCUCUGUAGUACCGUCCUCGGUGCAGACAGAGAGCCAGACCACAGAAAUCAGACUGCACAGCAUCGGCCACGAGCCCUCAGCCUUCACACCCACCCCCGUGGCCGUGGCUCGAUGAUACGGGCGCGGACUGUUACAAUUGGGCUGUUAUAGUCCAAACUGGACUGCACUGAUACAAAAGACUUGAAGCAGAGUGGAGAGGAACGUUGGCCACCCACACCCCAGAGCAAAGUGUAUGCAACUGCACACAUCUGGCAGUUUCGGCCUGGCGGGUCAGACCCUGUUCACUGUCACGACCCCAACUACUUGAGUUUCCCAGCCAUUAGUGUCAUGACAUCAUCCUCGCUGGACGCUGAUCUAGGCACCGGACGUCCGUGAGUCUGCAGGAGGGCGUGCUCUGGACACACCUGCUUUGAGCAAACACACACCUGUGUGGCUGUUGUGCUGAAUGGCAAGAGGACAGAGUUACAUAAGCUCUCGUUGCACCGCUCUCUCCCUCGAGAUCACAGCAAAGAGGGAAAAGCAAAGACGCUGGUGAAGAGAAGCUUGACUUUUGUUUUUUUGUUUUCUCAAAGAAAAGUGCCUUCUGUGAGAUUGUUGGGGGGGUAGGCGCCUGAAAAUACUUGAAUUUGUGAAGCAAAAAGGCUUUUCAUCAAUGGCCUUUUUGCUCCUUACGCUCUACAAGGCUUUAUAGCGUUUAUUGCUGUCACUGUUUUUCCUCUCGUGGGCCUAGAUCAGUAAAGCCUAUGCCAUUUAUAACCACUACUAUCACUAUUUCUACUACUCCAAUGUCAUUAGCAACCAGACAACCUCAUAGCUCUGGCAGCAACCUGUGCAAACAAAUCAUAAAAAAACUGGACUUACCUCACUCUUUACUACAGCAUCCACCUCUAUUCUACAACCUUUGCUUCCUCCUCCUUCUUGUGUUGUAUACAAACACAAGGCUUAGGCAACCGCUCAUUCAAACCCACCUGAAUGCACACCACAAUGCAAAACCAUACCGAGAUAUAACAUCCUCUGCUCUUCAAUUUUUUUUUUU